GAGAGACUCUUCCAGAACAUGAGGACAGCUGCGCUUCCGCCAAGUCAGACUUUGCGACAAGUCGUCAGAAGAAAUCGCCGGAGCAGGAGAGAAAGAAGACCGAUGGCUAAGGCCGUGUAGCUUUUGUACUGUAUCCGUAUCAAUUUACUAUCUAUUUAGUGGAGUUGUGCUAUGUCUUCAGGAAUGACGGGGCAAACACCGUGCCUAACCAGCCGUUGGGAUAAGCCAGCCCAGCCUAAACAGAGUGUAGACAUACAGCAGCAGAAGAGCAGUGAAAAUGCAGCCCACCCUAUCUCAUUGUCAGGAGUCGUUUCUGGACCAAACAGCACAGUUUCCCAGGCACCAGAAACGGGAGGAAAAUCUCCUCAGGGAGGAGUUGAAAUGGCUGCAGCAAUGGCUGCUAAAAUAAAUGCUAUGUUGAUGGCAAAAGGAAAGCUGUUGACUCCUCCACCAUUACUUGCAAAGACUCCUCCAAGUGUGCCUGUGCCAGCUGUUACAGAAGAGAUGGUGGUCACUGAAGUCGACAUAAAUGAUGUACCACUCAACUGCAGGGACCUUCUUACUAAAGGCAAAACACAGGAGGAGAUUCGACAGUUUAGUGGAGCCAUCGUUUCAACAAAAGGUCAUUUCAUGACAGAAACUGAAAAGGGAAUAGCAGCAGGACAAAGACCUUUGUAUUUGCACGUUCAGGGAAAGACCCAAGAACAAGUCAACAAGGCUGUAAUCAGGAUAAAGGAGAUCAUCUCUGAGGAUGUGAUGAGGACCUCAGCAGCCUCGGGGGGACAGCAGGUGCCUGUAAUUCCACCGCUCACUCUCUACCCUCAGCCGCCUCGACCUGUCGUUCCUUCUACUGUGCCACGGAUGCCCAAUACCACUUCAGUGCCAGCCCAGGGUCAUCGACCAGCAGCUCCUCAUUUAGGGAGUUUUGUGCACACAAAGAUUUUUGUGGGUCUGGACCAAGCGUUGCCUUCAUUCAAUGUGAAAGAAAAGGUUGAGGGUCCAGCAGGUUCGUACCUGAGUCACAUCCAGACAGAGACGGGAGCUCGAGUCUUCCUCAGAGGAAAAGGUUCUGGCUACAUAGAACAAGCAUCGAAACGAGAGUCCUUUGAACCUCUUUAUGUCUACAUCAGCCACCCAAAUGCAGCUGGAUUGGAAUCGGCAAAGAAACUCACAGAGAGUCUCCUGGAAACCGUGAGAGCUGAGCAUGCACGUAUGGUGUCGAUAUACACAGCCACGGGCUCGACACAGUCAUACGCAGUACAUGGAUUUCCACCUAAUAGCAAUUACUCUAGCCAGGGGUCCUGGUAUAACUACCCAGCAAAUGGGUAUGCUGGCGGCUAUUCAGCGUAUCCAGGAGCCACUGGUUAUUGGAGUAAGGCAAAUGGUCCCCCAAGUCAUUCUAACUUGUCGACAAACCCUCCAUCUUCUCAGGCAAUGGUUCAGUAUCCGGUGUGUCCUAGGAAACCACAUCCCUAUCUUGUUCAGGAUCCAAGCAGCAGUGAGACAGUGGAGCCUGAAGGAUCUUUAAAUACCCCCCCUGACUCAGGAAGUCCCAAGCAUCAAUUCCAGGAGGGGGCUAAGGAUGAAAAGCCCUACGCCAUCUCUCCAGAGGGUCCAACUCAUCAGGAGUCCACCCUUCCUGCACCCAGUGUUGGCGAGGAGAAAGAAGUAGAAAGGUUUCUGAUGCCUCCCCCGCCACCUCCCUGCGUGGCUCCUGCCGCUGUUGCACGCAAAAGGCCAAGAGAUGCCGUGACGGAUGAUCCAGCGAGUCUGCCCAGCAGCACCGCGUCAUUGGGUGUUCAAGACGAGGUGUGCGAGAAGAAGCCUAAAGUGUUCACUGAUACAUCAGGGUUAGUGCCCUACGGAGGGGAUUCCUCCGAUGAAGAGGAGGAGAGGAGCCGUAGCAGUAAGACAGAUAACUCAUAACCUCUGCCCCGUCCCAUCCCCACUGUCCAGGACAUUCAUAGACCACAUUCAGUAGAUCAGCAAGUUUCACAAACUCAAACCGCAUCAAAGGAAAAGUCCACCCUUGUAUCAUACACUGUUCUGGCAUGUUACACCACAUUUACUACAAAGACAAAUAUAUUUGCUGACAACUGCCUUCGCACAAAGCAGGGGAGAGUCCUUUUUAUUCUUCCGUUUUUCAGAACAGAUGCAUUUUUAAUUUUAAGCUCUGUCAGGAUCUUGGAGACAGUUCUUUGAAAGUUAGUGUACCCCUUUUACUAUUGACAUACCUUUUAGAUCAGGUAGCCAACCUUCAAAGCCCAUCGGUCUUCAUACAGCAUUCGUAACAUGCUUUAAAAAAAGGACACAUGUGGAAAUAGGUUAUUUUUGGGGAGGGGGAGUAAAGUAAGGGGGGGGGGGGGAAUUCAAACUUUCUGCUGCCUAUGUAGAAAAUGUAAAUAUAGAAGUCUAGAUGCGAACUAUUUCAGCGUCAAUGUGGAUUUAUGUUAAAAUGUCACACCUCUUUGGGCUACAUUUGUGGGUUUUUUAUUUUCAUUUUAUUUUUUUUAUGAAAUAGUGAUCUGAUUGCAAAUUCAAACACAUCAUCAUUAGCCACUUUAUACAGUGUGUGGAAGUAUUCUGGGUGGACUUUCCUUCUACAUAUGUGAAUAUAGUUGUAUUAUAAUUUCAAUUGGGUUUUUUUCCCCCUUUAAUUUUUUUUCUCAAAUGCAUUUUUUUUUUUUUUUUUGGUGGGAG